UCUAGUUCUAGAGGUCAAAGUUUGUUCGAUACGUAAGUGGACAAUCAGCGAGUGAUGGUCGGCGACAAUAAGGAGAGUGCAAAGCACCCGUCUGAGGUGGGCUCGGCGGAGGCUAAACCAGGAAUGUUGGGCGUGCAUGAUGCGGGAGGGUCGUGUAAAGAGGCAUACAAUCAGAGUAUCGAUCUGGAAGAGCCCCCCACAGCAUUCUGGGAGAGGAAGGUGCACGCGAUGUUCCAGCUGAUAGCCAAACGAGGACUGAUGACCACUGACGAACUUCGGGUGGGUGUAGAGUCGCUUGAAGAUGAGGUGUAUGCGGACGCCACGUACUACGAGAAGUGGGCCUCGUCUAUUACACGCCAGUGCAUUGACCGGCACAUCUUCGCCGUCACUGAUCUGUACCAGGCGAUGGGCGUAGAUACAAGCGUUACCUACAUAGCUCCACGCUUUGCCGUCGGCGAUACAGUGACUGUAAAGGCUGAGGACUUCUCCACGCACUGGAGAAAGCCUCAUUUGCGCACACCCGGAUACAUCUUCGGUGCACGCGGUGAGGUUAUCGAAGUCUUGGGCGAGUAUGGCACACCCGAGCUGAAAGCGCUAGGCAGUGACUAUACACUGACACAGACGCUGUAUAAGGUUCGCUUCAACCAAGCACAUAUAUGGAAGGCGUAUGAGGGCGGUGCGAAUGAUACGUUAGACGCAGACGUGUACGACAUGUGGCUCAACGACGGCACUGCAGCGGACUCGCACGCCCACGUGGACUUGAUGAAACACUCACACGCACACGCUCAUGACGAUAGUGAGGCGCAUUCGCACUCACACGGAGAUGGCGACGGGCACGCGCAUGAUCACGGAGACCAUGUUCAUGAGCAGAGGAGCGUAGUGGAGCAAACAGCUGUAGACCGGGAGGGACCUUUGCCACCACUGGCACCACUAGCCGACACUCUCGAAAAAGUCUUCAUUCAAAAGAAUAUCUUCACCGCUGAGGAUUUGCGCAAAGAGAUUGAGGUGAUCGACGGAUACGGCCAGGACUACGCAGGCGCACGUCUGGUGGUGCGUGCCUGGAAGGACGAGGCAUUCAAGCAACGUCUACUGACCGACUCUAAAGCACCAAUGGCUGAGGAGGGUAUACCGAAGGAGGGAGAGGUCUUACCUGCAAGGGUGAUUGUGGUGGCAAACACGCCUACCGCACACAAUGUGGUGGUGUGCACACUCUGCUCAUGCUAUCCCAUCGCAUUGUUGGGUCUCAGUCCACCCUGGUACAAAUCUCGAUCUUAUCGAUCACGUAUAGUUUUCGAACCCCGCAAGGUUUUGAAGGAAUUUGGCACAGACAUACCCAAGGACGUUGCCAUCCGAGUGCACGACAGCACAGCCGAUGUUCGGUACUUGGUGAUUCCUGAGCGCCCCAGCGGCUCUGAGAACUGUACUGAUGAGGAGUUACUGCGACUGGUGACCAGAGACAGCAUGAUAGGCGUGACCCGUUUGUAGGAAGGCUAGUGUGUCCCGUACGCGUGUGAGAAUGUAUGUAUGAAGCGGUUGUAAGAAGGUUAGAGUGCACUGUAUGUAUGUGUGGGUGUGUAUAUGAAGCAAACACACGCAACAGGCGGAUAUGGGCCAUACAGGCAGACUUGAACGUAUAGUUGUAGCUGCGUGAGAGGAGAAGCACUCGUUUGUCUAUGCAUGGAAGACGGCGAGUUCAGGGCAUGAUCGACACUUACGUGUGCACGCCAUCGUUGGUGAGAUAAUAUGUAAUCAUGCGAAACGUAUGCGCAGUAGACAUAAAACAUAUUAGUCACCAUGCUAUCCAGAAACUCGUCUUUGUUCAGCUACAUGUGCACAAGGUAUUGUGGUAGUUUUUAAGGCGCGUACUUAUGACGUGAAUAUGUUAUGUAGCUAGUGGAAGCGUUGUUGUAAGCGCUGGCAUAGCCCGCCCAUUCACCAUCACUCAGUUGUGAGAGUUUGGUGGUUGGCAUUGUAGUUGAUGACUUCGUGUGAGUAACAUACUGAGUUGACACUUGAGUCAUGACUCAUGGCUCUAUUGCGGGUGCCGCAGCGCACUCUUGUGCACCACACUAUGCUUCAGGGCGUGUUCGAAGGAUAGCCUACCACUAUGGUCAAAUUGUAUAGCUAGUAGGGUUACCAGUGGUUAAUAAGACACCUGUGUGCGUCAAUACCAAACGUUGACAAAGCAGAGUCAAAAUAAAAAACUUCUGGGUCCAAAACUGAGUUUGUACAUAACCUGAACGUAGUUUUUAGGCCAAAGGCUAUUCGUCACCUUUGUGGAUGUCUAAAUCGCACUAUCAACAAUAAAGUAUGAGAACCUGGG